AAACCAUGCCCGGCCCCUACCGCUAUCAUAAUUUCAUCCUUCAGUUUCUUUGCUAUCCUCAAAUCGACUUUCGAUGGUGUUCCGGGGAGCCGCGCUUGCUAGUGGAUACGUGCGGCUGCGCGGCCGGCGGUGGGCAGUGGAGUGGCGGCCGUAGAUGCUGUUGGCUCGCUUGCGGGUGCGGCAGCCUCUGACUCGGGCGAGUGAUUGCAAAUGGACUGCGAAGCCAGCAGUAACAGACACGGCGUCCUGGAGAGGAUGCUGCUCGAUGAAAGCGCAGAGCCCACGGACCUGCCGUUGUCACUUUUGGAGGACAUCACAAAUCAUUUCCACCCUGAUCAACAGAUUGGCAGCGGUGGAUUCGCCGUGGUUUACAAGGGAAUGAUCGGAAAAUGGAUGGUUGCGGUAAAGAAGCUGUCCAACACAGUUGAUAUUACUGAGAGUAAAUUCCACGGAGAGGUUAAAUGCUUAAUCAAGAUCAAGCACAAGAACAUAGUACGUUUUCUGGGGUAUUGUGCUGACACACAAGGAAAAAUGGCAGAAUACGAGGGGAAGCUUGUCAUGGCAGAUGUACGGAACUGGUUACUCUGCUUUGAGUUUGUACCCAAAGGGAGUCUUGAUAAACAUAUGUCUGAUGCAUCUUGCGGACUUGAAUGGAAAGAGCGCUAUCGAAUAAUCAGGGGAAUAUGUGAAGGCUUACAUUACCUUCAUGAGAAGCGCAUUCUUCAUUUGGACCUUAAGCCUGCUAAUGUCCUGCUUGACAUUGGCAUGGUACCAAAAAUUGCUGAUUUUGGUCUCUCGCGGUGUUUUGAUGAAGGGCAAACCCGAGCUAUUACUCAACAUCUGUGUGGAUCUCAUGGGUACUUGGCUCCAGAAUUCUACAGAGGACAAAUCACAUUCGCGUCAGACAUAUAUAGUCUUGGUGUUAUAAUCAUGGAGAUACUGACAGGAGCAAAGGGAUAUUUUGAAGAGGAGAACGUAGUUAAAAGUUGGAUGGAUCGACUGGAUCAGGUACCAGAGGGGCACACACAGUUGGAACAAGUAAGAGUAUGCACUAAGAUCGGUAUAGAGUGCAUGGACUUGGACCCAAAGAAGAGACCAUUUGUACAACACAUAAUUGAUAGGCUUGAUAAAACAGCAAGAACUGACUAUUCAUGCCAAACUGGCAUGAGCAGUUCACUAGCCGAACUGCAGCCAAGUUUACUCGAGGAACAGUCUGGGGAAAUAAUUGGGAAGCUUGUAGCUGAGAGCCUUAUAAAGGAUAUCAAUGAACGCCCAGAAAAGGAAGAUCACUGCCAGCAGGGUCAAGAAAAUGCAGAUCAGUGGUCAUUACGGGAAGCACAAAAUACGGAGCGAAAGGUUAACCGACCAGGAACAAGCAUUUUCGGCUCUAAAUCUAGCUUCUUGGAGAAGCUAAAAAACUUGAACAUCUUUAGCAGGAAAGCACACAAGAAUUUUGUGAGGAAUGGUGGCCCACACCUUCAGAAUGUCAGGGGCCUAACUAUUUUCACAAAGACGGAAAUAAAGAAGAUCACAAAAAACAAUUCAGAGUUUCUUGGUACCGGAAGGUUUGGUAAAGUCUACAAAGGAACUCUUCCUGACAAUACCUUGGUGGCGGUUAAGACCUUUAUCACACUAAGUGAUGAUAUGAGGCGGGAGUUUGAGGUGAUAAUAGACAUGCAUAAAGAACUGAUCCACAAGAACAUCCGCAAGCUCUAUGGUUGCUGCCUGGAGGUGGAUGUUCCAAUGUUGGUAUUUGAAUUUGCUGCUCAUCGGAGCCUUCAGGACAUUCUCCACGGCAGCAAACAAAAACUUCCUUUAGACUUGCGUAUCGACAUCGCAAUUGGGUCUGCAGAAGGGUUAAGAUACAUGCACUCCUACGCAAAUCAACCCAUACUACAUGGUGAUGUCAGACCAGACAACAUAUUUCUGGAUGACAAGUUGGCACCAAAAUUUUCAAAUUUUGGGCUUUCUAAGCUUUAUUGUAUAGAAAAGAAGAGGAUGCUCCAGGCCUCUGAAUCAAAGGAUACACGCAACCAAUUGAUGCUGCUUAAUAUGGGUUACAUGGACCUAGAGUUCAUGAUAACUGGACGUGUAACACAAAAGAGUGAGGUCUACAGCUUUGGAGCUAUUCUUUUGGAACUCAUUACCAGGAAAGAAAAUGUAUUUGAUGAAAACUGCAUCCUCGUCACCGAGUACCGCAAGCUUUAUGAGAGAGGAAAGAGUGGCAGAGCAAUGUUUGACAAGGAGAUUGCAAGUGAAGAUGAAGAUAUCUUCGCCCUGGAAGAAAUUGGCAAGGUCGCGAUCGAGUGCCUGAAAGAAGACAGUAAGGAACGACCAGACAUGACAGAGGUGAUGGAACAACUUAUGAUGAUUAGGAGAAAUAGGAGGCUUGUUCAGGCACGCAAUAAGGCGAUGACUACCAGCGGUCCAUCGGUAUAGUGGGUGACCAUUGUUCAAUCAAAUGAACUAAAAAUGAAUUAAAAGUCAGGGUACCAUGAAGGUCACAAAUUUGCAUCCCCGUGUGAAUUGUGUAAACGCCAUCACAAACAUAAAAAAACUCAAAAUGUUUUUUGUCCAGGAAAAA